AGUCGAUAUUAUGCAGUGUAACGCCAGCUGCUCCCGACAUCAUCUCAAAUCAGAUACUUCCCCCGUCUGUUAAUCGGCAUGGAUUAAUAUUUCUAUUAGCUGAACACACCUUAAAAAUAUCAGGUAUUAUACCAUAGCCACAAAGAGCCAGUAAGUGCUAUCGAAGAGCCUUCUAUUAAUCAGUAAGAAUCGUUACAUUGCUUCGAAGAUCGGCAAGUUGAUAGGCUACACGUGGACCUAUGCCAAGCCAUUUCUCCCUUCUUCAGCCAUGCGCAGCCUGCUUCGUUACCGAAAAUGCAUAUCCACCUACCUAGGUCUAGCUGCCUCUCAUUAUGUACUCUAUGAAUCGUACCUGGUGUAGGUAAAGGGCCUAUGCAAUAGAUUCAUAGGAAAGUAAUGGGGGACCCCCUAGGAGUAGCCAGCUCCAUCGUGGGCAUUGCAGCGUUCGGCCUGAAGUUUGCGACCACUCUUCAGACGUACAUCGAAGCCGUAGCCGAUGCGCGAGAGAGCUUACGAGACAUUGCUUUUGAUGUCAGCGCCACGGCGUCGGCUUUAGAUCAGCUCCACCGGUUCAUCAAGGCCGACGAAAAUGGCAAAUCAAUCGCGAAUGAUUCAGGAGUACAAGAGGUGGCUCGCUUAGCAUCGAAAUGCAAACAGGUCUACACUGCAGUCAUCAAUCUCAUUGCUAAGGCUGUCAGUGCACCGAAGGAUGACAACGGCGAGGUAUUGAUCGAUGCGUUGGACGCAAUAGACUUAGACGAGUCAAAUGUCAGACGACUGGUGCAGAAACUCAAAUGGCCUUUCCAGGAACCUCGCAUCAAGAAGCAUCAAGAAGAGCUAAGAUGGCUGAAAAUAAGUCUCCUGUUCCAUCUACGGCUAAUGGAACUUGCAAAGACAAAGAUAAUGGCCCCAACGAGAUCUUUUAGCAGUCGGGAGAAGGAACUGGCCUUGCAAGCUAAUCUAGAAAAGCUCUUAUUCAGCAAGCAAGCUUAUGUCGAAAGAAUAGCUUUCGAAAGGAGGAGAAACCAGAGGAAAGCAAGAGGAAAGAGAGUUGUGGGCAGGACGAGGUCUUCUUCUUCUGCAUCUAUUGUGCACGCGAUAGACGUGGAAAUUAAAUCUCGGAAUUCAAGUCCCAAAGGAAAGAGACCUGUUUCCAAAUCUCCUCCCAAGAUUGGCGCCCGAGAAUUGUGGCCUUCAACUUUAAAAGAUGAGGGUCGCUUUGGGAUACAAGAUACUUUCCCGUAUAAAGAACCUAUCGACGAUGUAUUGGAAUAUUCACCCCCCGGAAACGCCCUGAAGCCUCCUAAGUCAAAAUCCGACCCUCGCAAUGAUACUACGCCCAAUCCCAUCAUGUACAAUCAGAUAUCUACAGAGGCUAGGCCACAUAUAUCGGAGGAAAUCGAGAAUAACAAGACUCCCGGGAAGGAUACCGGCUCCUCGCCACCACCUAGAGGUGUUCCUGGAACUAAAUACUUCGUUGGUGGAAUUCACCUGCCCCGACCACGCCAAAGUAAUGAGCACAUUACGACUAUAAAAGCGUUGCACAUCCAGGAAGGAGCUCAAAAUAGCUUGCAUGCAGAUAAUACAGAAGAAAAGAGAGAAAGCCCCCAAAGUCACACAAUCGGGAACUCAAACGGCCGAUAUAAGCUAAAAUUCUCGCAGGUAUCCCUAAAUUUUUUCCCAUGGUCACCCAAGAUCUUUAGCAAACGAGAUAGAAGUAAAUCUAUAGACGAUCAUGAAAGGCAUGAUCUCGAAGCGUACCUCAUCGAGGGGGAUAACUCUGACCCCAAAUCCAACCCCAUUCGCAAGCUCCCUUUCAGCCACAAGCAACUGAAUAGCACGCUGAAACGGAUUGUGAGGUCGCGGGGAGGUGAUGUAUGGACUCAGUACACGUCUCUAACUUCGGGGCAGAGGGAAUGCGUCGACCGGGCUCUACUUAAAGCGCACCAGACAAGCUCCCACACAAGGACAUGCGUAGCAAUAAGUUCUGGGAAGUCAGAAAGUCCUUAUGUAACUGUGUUCUUCUCCUUGGGCGUGUCCACUCAGCCUGUCCACUUCAAGUACAAUUCGCGGCAUUUCCAGUUCUCAUUUGAGCUGUGCCGGACAUGGGAAGGCAUGGCCUCCCUCAUUACAUCCACUCUGAAUGACAUCCCCAACCCGGAUUUGUUUCUCCAAAACGGACAAUACGAUCUCAAAGAUUCUGAUGACCGCACUAUUCUGCCGUCAACAUGGAGCUCGACCGUGCAACCUGGCAUAACUGUGUUCCUAAUUCCCAAAGAUAACUGGAAUGCGCCUAGGCCCUACCCGAUGCCUUCCCGGCCACCGAUGCCACCACCGCCGGCUUUCCGAAUGCCAGAAUCUAGCGCGCCAGUACCGCAGCGCAACACCUUAGUUCCUGAACCUUCACACGGUACUAUACCUGGGUUUCAAAGACGACAAUCAGUAUUACCGAUUGAAACAAGGACAAUAGCAGGCGUCUUUCAUGAUCCUGGUUAUGACGCGGAAGAGAUACAAGACCACAGUCCCUCAACUCCAUCCACAGACUCCUACCUAAACUCCAACGUCACCUCUGCUUCGGUGCCAAUUAAAUCAGUCCGAGAUUGGUACUCUAGCUCCCGAGCAGCGGCGCCGAGAUCACGGCGACGAGCCAAGCCCAUGCCCAAUCUGAUACCCGUGGCGCGCGGAAUGAUUGAUUCUAGCGAGGACGAAAACGAAGACGAAAAUGAAGAAGAAUCCGAUAUUAUUGAUUUCGAGGAGGAAGAAGAGACGACUCGGCUCGGGCUGGAGGAACUCUUAGGGAAGUGGACCAAUGCUGUUGAUGCGCCCCUCAACGAGGGAACAAGCACAACAGGAUAAGGGAUAGGUAGGUACGUCAACUCCUAAUUUUUGGAAAUUUGCUACUCUCCCGAUCUAUAUUUCACUUAUACAAGACGGAUAUUUAGAGACGACCUAACGAGAUGA